AACAGUUACCAACCGAAAUCAAGGCUUGCUGGUUUGUUGUUUUAAAGCCAAGUUUCAGCGAUGCAUAUCUAAAACUCUUAGACAUUAUAGGGGAAGCCAGUGCAGGGAAUCUUGCAGCUCUUGACUAAAUUUACACUAAAUAUAGACUACCAAUUAUGUGCUGGGUUUAUGGGCCUCAGGGGAGCACUCGUGAGCAGCAGGGAGAUCAAGAACACACUACAGAAUUGGUAGAAAGUUUUGCUGUUGUUGUUCCUGAAUAGUUGUCGUUUCCGGAUAACUGAGCAGUCCAGGAUCACGUCUUCGCACAAUGACUCAUUCCUCUCAGGAUGCUGGAUCUCAUGACGUCCAUGAAGAAGGAAAACUCUAUGUCGUGGAUUCCAUAAACGACUUAAACAAACUCAAUCUCUGUCCGACGGAAUCACAGCAUCUAUUCUCUUUAGAGGAGAAAAUCCCAAACACUGGCACAACUCCCAGAAAUGGAAGGCAGGGUAUGUUUUUUGUGGGGCUGCUCCUGGUGUUGAUGGUCAGCCUGGCUCUGGUCUUCUUCUCCAUCUUCCUAAUAAUUCAAACAGGAAAUAAGAUGGAGGACGUGUCAAGAAGACUGACAGUUGAGGGAAAGGACAUAGAUGAUCUUAAGAAAAUCAACAACAUGAUCGUAAAGCGGCUCAACCAACUGGACUCUGAACAGAACUGAAAGGAUUUUCCCCCAAGAGUGGUCAUGGAUACCAGAGCUCACUUGCUGGAAGUACACCAGGACUGGGAAAAUGCAGUUCUUCAGGCAGUGGAUACGAUCUAUUAUACCUCCUUGUUCAAGGAUGGAAAUAACGCUCAGGGAACGAGUUUAAAGAUGGCAGCUGAAAUGGGGGAACUUGAUUCAGCCUUAUUGACUGCUAGCUGGCUGCUUCAGUUUUCAGUGGCGUUAGAGUGGUGGGCGGCUAGCGUGAGAAGAGAACUUAGCUCUUUACAUGCAACUACUUUUUGAAAAUAAACUUGGUUUAGAAGAUUUCGAAUAUUCUAGUGAGGUCUAUGAUGCCUCACGUACCUGUACAGAUUCCUGCACACGCCUAAAGAAUGCACUGAACUGUCUGUGCUGAGGUGAACCAGGUGCUACUCUUUUCAGUAGCGUACAUGCUUCUUUUCGGGUGACACUUUGAUGACAGCUUCCGAGCCCUGUUAGGUGAUCGCUGGAGAAAACAUGGCUAGCAUGAAGUAUGGGUAGUGAUACUGAGGAAUAAGAGAUAUAUACUACUACUAGUUCCUUCCUUGACUUUAGAGACCCUACUAUACUCAUAUGGAAAGAAGGAAGUAUGUCUAUUUAUAUCGUCUACAAGCUCGGCUAGCUUCAUCAUGAAAAA